AUGAAUUAUUUUGAAAACUGGUUCUUGGAAUUUAAAUUGCCAAAUUUGAAUAUACUGGAAAGAGAGGAGGUGGUUGAUGGGGAAGAAGUAACUACAUCUGAGGAUUGGAAGGAGGGGAGGAGAGUAGUAAAACUUGGAGUGUUAGCUGAGGGCUUGCGGGGAUGUUGUAAAUGUGGCUUACCAUUACAACUUUCACACACUAUUUCUGUGUUGACAUAUGGUUCAGCUUCUUUGUUAAAGGUCUGUUGCAGCAAUACAAAGUGUAAUCAUAUUAACCAUGCAAAAACAGGGAAAAAACAUGGAAGAGUGUGGGAUGUAAAUACAAAGCUAUCAGCAGCAAUUGUACAUGUUGGUAUUGGUGCAACGCAAGUCAACAGUCUCCUUUCUGAGCUGAAUAUACCACCUGUAAGCCAUGCCAUGCUGGACAAAAGACAGAAAGAGAUAGGUAGAGCUGUUGAAGAUAUUGCUGCAGAGUCUAUGUCUGAUGCUUUGCAGAAGGAACUGGAAAUGAUGAAUGAAGAGAUGAACGAAAAUGGACUAGUUGUUGCUGUAGAUGCUGGAUGGCAAAAACGGGGUAGCGGAAAGACAUAUGAUAGUUUAUCAGGUCAUUGUUCCAUGGUUGGUCCUCUCUCCGACAAAGUAUUGUCAUACUCUCUGAGGUCUAAGAAUUGCAGAGUAUGCAGUGUAGCUGAAUCAACCAACAAGAAUCCAGCAGCCCAUGAGUGCUCAAAGAAUUGGGAGGGUAGUUCAAAGGCCAUGGAUGCAGAUAUGGUUAUUGAGAUGGUCCAAGAUCUACAGAAAAGUAAAGGAAUAACCAUUGAUGGAAUCAUUGGAGAUGAGGACUCUACCACUAUUGCAAGACUGAAAGCUAAUGUCAAUGCUGAUAUUAAGAAGUUGUCUGAUAAAAAUCAUCUAAAGAAACUGUUUACAAACUCUUUGUUUACCUUGAAGAAAAAACAUUCAACUCUAACUUUGUCUGUGAUAAAGUGGUGCAACUUCAUUAACAACCCUAACCUGAAGUACAAGUCACUUCCACAUGGAAAACCCCUGAAAGAUAGGUUCCUUCAGGAUGAUCUGAAAGAAGUCUUCAGUUCAUAUGCAAGUCAUUCUGAUCGUCUUUCAUGCUUAGGAAGCACACAGUCGAAUGAGAGUUUUCACAGAAUGGUGUCUGCAAAAGCCCCAAAGACCCAUCAUUACAGCUCUUCUUCAAGCCUCAGAUAUAGAGUUGCUGCAUGUGUAGCCCAGAAAAAUGUUGGACACAAAUAUCUUGUAAAGGUUAACAAGAAAUUGGGCCUCUCUCCUGGCUACUAUACUCGACGACAGUGCAUUCUGAGGGAUUUACAAAGAAAGCGACAGAAGGCCAUUUCAGUGACACAGAAAUUAAAAAGGAGAAGGAGAGCAUUGAAAGCCAGGAAAAUUCAAAGUAUUUCUACAAAAGAAACAAGGGAAGGCAUCAGUUAUUUAACAGGAUGUGAUCUCCAGCAGGCCUCUGACAUCCUUGAAAUUCCAGCUCCAAAAACAAUUCCAAAGUAUGAUCAUCUGCCUUCAAGUCAGCUGUUAAAUGCUGAAGAAAUCUAUUUUGAUUUGGAAACUACUGGACUCGCAAGGGAUUCUCAUAUUGUGCAGUUGUCUGCAGUUAGAAAUGAUGAGGUUUUCAACAAAUACAUCAUUCCAGAAAAACAAAUGUCCUCAAAAGCUACAGAAAUUACUGGAAUAAAAGUAGUCAACAAUAAAAUGUACCACAGUGAUGAGGAAGUUGAGACAGUCAGCAUUAAGGAUGCACUGAUCCAGUUUAUCGACUUCAUAAAGAAAUCGGAGUCAGAUGCUGUUCUAGUUGGACACAACUCCAAAGUGUUUGACCUUCCUGUGCUGUUCAACAUUUUGAGACCUUCCCCUGAAGUCAAACUUGCUGCAUCUUUCACUUCAAACUCUGCCUUUGCCAUAUUCCAUUACAAGAACACAACAAAAAGUCUAAUGAGCACACUAAAGCCUUCAUUGGAUCAAAAGGUGAUUUCGAAUGGAAUGGGAAAUAAGAUUGCCAGCAGUGGACUCUCCUUAUCACACUUACAACUGGCUUAUCGCAGAAAUGGUAGGGAGGGAGUACAGGAUGUGCUGACAGAGAUAACAGAUAACAGUGUGCGUGUGACAAAAUCUAGAAAAAUCAUUGAUUCUGUUGCAGAUUUUCUCAGAUCUGAGCAGUAA